CUGCUGAUCCAGGCCAUGCACGACCUGCCCCCUGACUCGGGCGCGCGGCGGGACGACAGGGGUUGGGCAGAUCGCGGCUGCCUUGUGGGAGCCCGGGCUCUGGGCCAGCCGCCUUCCCCCUGCGGCGCUGCGGACCGCCGAGCCUGCCCCCGAGACUGGCAGCGGGGAGGCGGUGGCCGCCCUUGGCAGCAGGUGUCUCCGCCCCGGUCUCCUCCGAGGGAGUCGGGGGGAGGCCGCCUGCGGACUCCUCGGAUGCGGCUGUCCUGCAGCAGAAGCCUCGAGAGCCUCCGGGUGGGUGCCAAGCCUCCUUCUUUCCAGCGGUGGCCGAGCGACAGCUGGAUCAGGUGCGGCGCGCGCGGGGACCUGGACGAGCCCCCGCCACGUGGAGGCGGGAUGGACGGCUGGAGCGGAGGCAGCGCCCCGGCCGCGGCCCCCUCCGGCCUCCGGCCUCCCUGCUCCAAGGACCCCGGCCGCUCCACGGGAAGCCCCUUCAGGGAUCCUGCGGGGUCAGCUGUGGCACGCAGCCGAAAAGGAGAUGGCCAGGAGGGGCUUCCCUUCCUCAAGCCUCCUGCGGUGACAGUCAAGAAGCUGCAGAAGUGGAUGUACAAAGGACGUCUGCUGUCCCUGGGAAUGAAGGGUCGCUCCCGUGGGACAUCCCCCAAAAUCUCUGGAGCGCAGGCGAACCCUCCAAAUCUGGGCGCCUUGAAAAUGCGUGAAAGCCAAGUCCUCUCCGUGCCUCCAGACCAAAGAAUUACGCUAACAGAUUUAUUUGAAAAUGUCUAUGGGUCUUCAGUGAAGAGAAGAGAACUUGAAGAUCUGAAGGGUAAUAUUGGAAUCAGAGGUCAUAAGCCACUUAACAGCAUCACUGUGUCAAAGAAACGCAAUUGGCUAUAUCAGAGUACUCUGAGAUCUUUUAACCUGGAAGAAGAAAAUAAGAAAUGCCAAGACAUAAGUCAUUUAUCCAUCUCACCUAAACAUCAGUUAUCACGACCUUUCCUCAAAUCAUCUGAAGAAUAUUGUACAUAUGUGGUGUGUAAUGCUACAAAUUCUUCAUUAUCAAAAAAUUGUUCUUUAGAUUUUAAUGAGGAAAAUGAUGCAGAUGAUGAAGGAGAAAUAUGGUACAACCCCAUUCCUGAGGAUGAUGACUUUGGUAUAUCAAAUGCCUUGAGUUUUGGUGAGGCAGACCCUGCUGUUCUGAAGUUUCCUGCUGUUAGUUUGAGAGUAUUGUCUGGUCCAGACCUAAUGAAAGCAGAACAGUACACUGAAGGCUUGCUGUACUCUUCAGAACACAGAGGCAAGGUUCAUACAUCACAGUCAAAUGAAGUGAAUCCUGUUGAGUCCAUCCACUCCACAGAGCUCGUGCGGCAGUACAAGCAAGGGCUUGGACACAAGACACAAGAAAGAAUAAUGGUAGAGGAGAGUCUCAUGUUGAAAUCUCCUUUUGCAGGUCCUGGGAUCCUAGGUGCUACAAAUAAGACUGAAUUGGGAGCUACCGAUUUAUCUUCUCCAAGCCCUAGCCCUGUGAAAAAAAGCAGUUCAAUUAACUGGUCUUUCCCAGAUAAAAUAAAAUCUCCACGAACUGUGAGGAAACUUUCCAUGAAAAUGAAAAGGUUGCCAGAACUUAGCCGAAAGCUGAGCGUUAAAGGAACUUUGAAUUACAUGAACAAUCCAGAUAAUACUCCUUCCUUGUCUAAAUGUACCUGUCGAGAAAUUCAUCAUGCCAAUAUUCUACCUUCUGGGAACACAACCACAGCUGCUAAGAGGAAUGUCAUAAGUCGGUACCAUCUGGAUACCAGUGUAUCUUCUCAGCACAGCUACCAGAAGAAAACAUCUGUGAGUUCCAAGUAUUCCUGCAAAGGUGGUUACCUCAGUGAUGGAGAUUCACCUGAACUUAUAACUAAAUCUAGCAAACAUGGAUCUGACAACAAAUUUGGAAAGGGAAAAGAAAUAAUUCCAAGUAGUUGCAGCAAGAGUGAAAUAGACAUUGAUGCUUUUAGACAUUAUAGUUUUUCUGAUCAACCUAAGUGUUCUCAGUACAUAUCUGGGCUCAUGAGUGUGCAUUUCUAUGGUGCUGAGGAUUUAAAACCACCUCGGAUAGAUUCAAAAGAUGUCUUUUGUGCAAUUCAGGUAGAUUCAGUAAACAAAGCAAGAACAGCUUUGCUCACAUGUCGGACAACGUUUUUAGACAUGGAUCAUACUUUCAACAUAGAAAUUGAAAAUGCGCAGCAUUUGAAAUUAGUAGUGUUCAGUUGGGAACCGACUCCAAGAAAAAAUCGAGUGUGUUGUCACGGAACUGUUGUUCUCCCCACCUUAUUCAGAGUGACAAAGACACAUCAGUUGGCUGUCAAACUUGAGCCUAGAGGUCUUAUUUAUGUGAAAGUGACUCUUCUGGAACAGUGGGAUAAUUCUCUUCCUGGACUGGCUGUAAAUCGAGAACCAGUAAUAUUUGGUGUUGAUAUUCGAAAAGUUGUAGAGAAAGAAAAUACAGGACUGAUGGUGCCACUUCUGAUACAAAAAUGUAUUAUGGAAAUUGAAAAGAGAGGCUGUCAGGUAGUAGGCCUGUACCGAUUAUGUGGUUCGGCAGCAGUCAAGAAAGAACUUCGAGAGGCUUUUGAGAGAGAUAGCAAAGCUGUUGGUCUGUGUGAAAACCAGUACCCAGAUAUAAAUGUAAUAACAGGUGUUCUUAAGGACUAUCUAAGAGAACUUCCUUCUCCUCUGAUAACAAAGCAGCUUUAUGAGGCUGUAAUAGAUGCAAUGGCAAAAAAUCCUUUGAAAAUGUCAUCAAGUGGAUGUGAGAAUGACCCAAGUGACUCUAAGUAUACUGUUGACCUGCUUGAUUGUCUGCCUGAUGUUGAGAGGGCAACCCUAAAGAUGUUGCUGGAUCAUUUGAAAUUGGUGGCUUCUUAUCAUGAAGUGAAUAAGAUGACGUGCCAGAACCUGGCUGUGUGCUUCGGACCCGUGUUAUUAAGUCAGAAGCAAGACACUAACCAUAACAACAGAGUCUUUACUGAUUCAGAAGAACUUGCAAGUGCUUUGGAUUUCAAAAAACAUAUUGAAGUUCUUCAUUAUUUACUUCAACUCUGGCCAGCGCAACGUUUAACUGUCAAAGAAUCAACAGAUAAUUUGUUCCCAGAGCAGAAGUCUUCUCUAAGUUAUUUGAGGAGGAAGAAAGAACGACCUUGCAUGUUAAAUUUGAGUGGUACUGAUUCAUCAAGAAUACUUAGACCGAGGCAAACCAGAUUAGACAGUCCAGUUAGCAAUCGGUAUGCAGGCGACUGGAGCAGCUGUGGAGAAAACUACUUUUUAAAUACAAAAGAAAAUUUAAAUGACGUAGAUUAUGAUGAUGUCCCUUCAGAAGACAGAGAAAACGGAGAAAAUUGUAGCAAAAUGUAUGGACCAGAUAUAAUGAUUGAACAGCCAGUACCCUUGUCCGAAGAGUACACAUUUCAGACGUAUUUGACAAUGCAGACAAUUGAGUCUACAGUGGACCGAAAAGUCAAUCUCAAAGAUCUACAGGAAAGUAUUGAUACUUUGAUUGGAAAUCUGGAGCGUGAACUCAACAAAAACAAGCUUAAUAUGAGUGUUUGAGAUUGAGAGGUUUUAUUUGCUUUUUUGUAAUGUUUUAAAUUUUAAAUCAGUCUUUCUCAUU